UAGGCAAAGACAAACUUCAAGGAAAUAAUGGAUUUCCUAAACUUUACUGAACAAAACUAUACACUGGAACAAAAUGAUACAGAAUCAUUUGAAAAAGUAACUUCCAAGAUUCUAGUUUCUAUUACACUUUCUGUUCUAGCAGUAAUGACAACAGUUAUCAACUCUCUAGUGAUGACUGCAAUAAUUGUGACAAGGAAACUCCAUCAUCCUGCGAACUAUUUAAUAUGCUCUUUGGCAGUGACUGAUUUCCUUGUGGCCAUCCUCGUCAUGCCUUUCAGCAUUGUCUAUAUUGUCAAAGAAACCUGGAUCAUGGGUGGGGUGAUGUGUGAUAUUUGGCUUAGUGUUGACAUCACCUGCUGCACCUGUUCUAUCCUGCACCUCUCGGCCAUUGCUUUAGAUCGCUACAGAGCAAUCACUGAUGCUGUGGAAUAUGCCAGGAAGCGAACACCUAAACAUGCUGGCUUUAUGAUUGCUAUUGUCUGGAUUAUUUCCAUCUUCAUUUCAAUGCCACCAUUGUUUUGGAGACAUCAAGCAACCAGCAAAGAUGAUGAAUGCAUCAUUAAGCAUGACCACAUUGCUUUCACUAUAUAUUCUACAUUUGGAGCAUUUUAUAUCCCACUAGCAUUAAUUCUGAUUCUUUACUACAAAAUAUACAAAGCAGCCAAGACUUUUCAUAGAAGGAGUAUGAGUCGGGUUCUUAAAGAGGAGGCCAAUGGGCAAGACCUCUUGGAAGCAAAUGAGAAAAGCUGCCGGCUUUCUUCAACCGCAUCAUGUACAAAAGAUAAAAGGUCCAACCCUUCGGGAGAUUUGGAGAGAAUUCGAUUUUCACUGAGAAGCCCUGAUUCGGAAUCUAAGAAUGAAAAAGGGUGGAAAAGGCAACGCAUUUCUACCACAAGAGAACGGAAAGCAGCAACUACCCUUGGUUUGAUUUUGGGUGCUUUUGUGAUUUGCUGGCUGCCUUUCUUUGUAAAAGAGGUGGUUGUUAAUACCUGUGAAAGAUGUCAAAUUUCAGAAGAAAUGUCUAAUUUUCUGACAUGGUUGGGCUAUAUCAAUUCUCUGGUUAACCCGCUGAUUUACACAAUCUUUAAUGAAGAUUUUAAGAAAGCAUUCCAAAAACUUAUUCAGUGCAGGACCUCUCUCUAA